CAAAUGUGAUGACGUGGCGUUCGUGGCGACUGAUAUACGCUUACUCAGAUGAUCUAUAAAUAAUUAUCACUGCUUAUCUGAAUUCUUGUGUGAACCAUAACAAAGACUAAAGUAUCACGCAAUUGAAAAACCUUAAUAGAUAUGGCCUUGCCGUACUUGUGGUUAUGGACGCUACUAGCAUUCUUGUUAACGUGGACAUUGUUCCACGUAGCCAACCAUAGUAAGAAAAAGUCAAAGUUGGCGGACGUGGUUGAGGAGGAGAGAAGAGACGGUGGUGCUGAUGUCAUCAUCGUCGGAGCCGGUGUUGGCGGUUCUGCACUCGCCUAUGCUCUUGCUAAGGACGGGAGGAGAGUUCACGUGAUAGAGAGGGACGUGAGAGAACCAGAGAGGAUGAUGGGUGAGAUUAUGCAGCCUGGAGGACGCUUCUUGCUAGCUAAGCUUGGCCUUCAAGAUUGUUUGGAGGGAAUAGAUGAGCAGAAAGUGACGGGCUUGGCGCUUUACAAGGACGGAAAGGAAGCGAUCUUACCUUUUCCGGUGGAGAAUAACAACUUUCCUUAUGAAGCUUAUGGUCGAUCAUUUCACAAUGGCCGAUUCGUCCAGCGACUACGCCAAAAGGCUUCUUCCCUCUCCAAUGUACGACUUGAAGAAGGGACGGUAAAAUCUUUGAUAGAAGAAAAGGGAGUGGUUAAAGGCGUUACCUACAAGACCAGCACAGGCCAAGAAACAACAGCCUUUGCACCUCUUACUGUGGUCUGUGACGGUUGCUAUUCAAACCUUCGUCGGUCUCUCAACGACAACAAUGCGGAGGUUUUAUCAUUCGGAGUUGGUUACAUCUCCAAGAAUUGUCGGCUUGAAGAACCCGAGACCAUGCAUUUGAUUAUGUCUAAGCCAUCGGUAACCAUGUUGUAUCAGAUUAGCAGCACUGAAGUUCGUUGUGUUUCUGAGGUUUUCCCUGAUAAUGUUCCUUCUAUCUCAAACGGUGAAAUGGCUACUUUUUUCAAGAAAACUUUAGCUCCUCAGGUACCUCCAAAACUACGUGAAAUAUUAAUGAAAGGUAUCAAUGAGGGAGCAAAGAUGAAAAUGGUACCAACAAAGAAAAUGUCGGCGAUGUUGAGCGAGAAGAAAGGAGUGAUUGUGUUGGGAGAUGCAUUCAACAUGCGCCAUCCAAUAGUUGCCUCCGGAAUGAUGGUUGUACUAUCUGAUAUUCUCAUUCUACGUCGUCUUCUCAAGCCAUUGAACAACCUCAGCGAUUCAAACAAAGUCUCGGAAAUACUCGAAUCUUUUUACAAAAUACGCAAGCCAAUGUCUUCGACGGUGAACACGUUGGGGAGUGCAUUUUCUCAAGUGGUGGCUGCAUCGACGGACGAAGCAAAAGAGGCAAUGCGACAGGGUUUCUUUGAUUACCUUAGAUGUGGUAGCGUCUUUCGCAAGUCAGAGAUGAUGGCUCUGCUCGGUGGCAUGGACCCGCGACCACUUUCCCUCAUUCGCCAACUUUUUGCCAUGACCCUAUCCUCUGUUUACCAUUUGCUCUCUCCAUUUCCUUUUCCUCUUCGCAUUUGGCACAGCCUCAAACUUUUUGUGUUGGCUUUGAGAAUGCUGGGUCCCCAUCUCAAGGCUGAAGGUGUGAGGCAAAUGCUGUCUCCAGCUAACGCAGCUGCGUAUCGCGAAAAUUACUUCCUAAGUGUUGAUGCUAUAUCGCAAUCGAAUUGUUUCUAGAAAAAGAGGAUGUAUAAAGACAUAUAUAUAUCUAUCAGACUUAAACAUAUAUAUGUAAUUUGUAUGUUCGUUUGGUUGCUGAAUUUUCAGACUUGAAAAUUCUAUAACUACAUGUUCGUAUUCAAACUUACGUUUUGAAUUUAGGAUUUGUUCUAUAUGUAUCAUAAGAAUCUACAAAAAAAAAACUUUGUUUAUUUUUUAAUUUAGUAUACAAAACCGGCAGAACAAAUCCUUAAAAUUAA